AUCAAAAAGAAGAAAAGGAACCUUCCCAUGAAUUAUGACUUAAAACCAACUUUAGCUACCAAGAGCUGCCUUUAACAAUAAUAGUGUGCUCAGGAAACUCUAGUCUCCGGUGAUAAAUAAGAGAGCUACAACAACACAGGAUACAUAUGGACCAAACUGCUAAGCUGAAGGGAUAUGAUAUACAAACAGUCUGCCCUCCAUUGUCUUAGCAUCUCCCUCAGAAGAACCCUGAGUGCAACUUGAGAUUGUGAGAGGAAGAGCCCUUCACUUGCUGCUCUUUCACUCAGUCAAGAUGGUGACUCUCCUCCAGACCGUCUGGCAGGGGCUGCUGCUGGGGCUGGUGGUCCAGCCGGGUCGGGCAGCAGAAGCCCUGUGCUCUGAAUUCUCUUGCUACACACUGCACUGGGGAAGCCUCAGCUGGCUGGAGGCCCAGAAGAAAUGUCAAAACAACGGGGGAAACCUGGCGACUCUGAAGAGCCUGGAGGAAGCACAUCUGGUCAGACAACUGCUGGCAACCGUGCCUGGGUGGGAAGCCAGCUCCGAGGUGGAGGUAAGGCUGUGGAUUGGACUCCAUAGGGAGAAGGGCAAAUGCUACCAGAGACAUCAGCCACUGAAGGGCUUCAUUUGGGUGGCAGGUGACCAAGAGACUGAGUACUCCAACUGGGCUCAGGAGCCCCGGGAAACAUGCACAGCUCAGCGAUGCGUGACCCUCCAGGGCCCUCCCUUCCUGUCCCGGGGCCUGGCCUGGGUGGAUCACCACUGCAGCCAGUCUGCUCAGGGGAACUCUGGCUACUUGUGCAAAUUCAGCUUCCAGGGGAUGUGCCGUCCACUUGUAUUGGCUGGGCCGGGUGCUGUCAAGUAUACCACCCCCUUUGGCAUAGUUGCUGCUUCCCUGCUAGCUGUGCCCUUUGGCUCCACCGCUGAAGUGGUGUGUGAAGCACAGGGGGCAAAGAUGGCUGGCACCUUCCUCGUGUGUAAGAUGCAAGCAAACAUAAACAGCAGUGCCUUUGAAUGGAGCAGUCAGGGUCCUCUGUGUGCUUCACCCAGUCAUGGAUGCAGGUACAGCAAUGGGGGCUGUGAGCACCAGUGCCUGGAACUUGGUGGGGGCGUCUUCCGGUGCGCCUGCCGCUCAGGAUACCAGCUUGGAGGAGACCAUCUUUCCUGCAUCCCUGUGGACUACUGCAGCUCCAAUCCGUGCCAGGGGCAGUGUCUGCCACACAUCGGUGGUUUCAACUGUCUCUGCCCUCCAGGUUAUGUGUUGGCUGCUGACGGCCAAAACUGUGUGGAUGUGAAUGAAUGCACUGCUCCUCAAAACCCUUGCCAGCAGAUCUGCGUUAACACUUGGGGCAGUUUUAUGUGUCACUGUCACCCAGGCUACCAACUGGCUGAGGCUGAUGGGCUGAUGUGUCAGGACAUUGAUGAAUGUGCCAGGGUCAAGCCGUGCACCCAGCUAUGCGCGAACACUCAGGGCUCCUUCUUCUGCUCCUGCAAGCCGGGCUAUCAGCUGAAGGACAUCAACAGCUCUUCUUGUCUAGAUGUGGAUGAGUGCCAGGAAGAGCCUUGCGAGCACAUGUGCAGAAACCUCCCAGGCAGCUAUAGAUGCUUUUGCCAGCCAGGUUGGAAACUAGACCCCAAUGGGAUCUCCUGCAUCUUGGAUACUAUUACCACCAGCACUUUCGCCCCACCUACCCAGGGAGAACUGGGGGACACAGUGGACAUUCAGCCUGGUUCAGACCCAUCGAUGCUGCUGUCUGAGUCUCCAGUCCAAGCAGAACUAGAAAAAAUCUUUAUAUCACAGGGUAGCACUUUUCAGCCAGUGGUGCUCAGCAGGCCACUAGAGGCUGAAGACCAGGGUGGAGACGACAGUGCACAAAAAACCACAGGCAGCUCCAAGCAACUCCUGUAUUAUGUCUUUGGUGGUGUUGUGGCUCUUUUAGUACUGCUGGCUUGUGCUCUAAUCCUGGUCACCUACAAAAAAAUGAAGCUCAAGAAAGCCAAAAAUGAAGCUAAGAGUGCAGCUGACAAUUACUCUUGGGUGCCAGAUCAGCGGGAGCCCAGGGCAGGAAGCAAUGAGUACAUGUAAAUGAUCAAUAAGGGAAAGGCUUUUGCUGUAAAGCAUGCAAGGGGGUGGGGAGGAAAGGUAAGGUAUUGCAGAACAAAACAGAGGCUGCAUCUACGUGGCAAGGAUUCUCCGUUUUGUACUCAUUACUGCUGUGUGUGCAGAGGCAUUUGGAUUGGUAAUGGAGUAUCCCAAAAGGAGGUUUUUUUUGUGUGUUUUCAUCCAUCAGUUGCCAUUUUCCCUGCACUUUUCCUUGGCUAUGCCAUCAGAGGGUAU